UGCAGAAUCCAUCACGGUCAUUGGAUUAAUUAAAUUAAAUGGAUUAAAUUGGGGCAUUAUUUCAUUCCACAGAGGAGAAGUUCUAACAGGUAUUUAAACUAUGCCUGUAAAUACGUUUAUUCGAUGGGAUUAUGUAAUGGACAUUUUAACCCAUUACGGUGUGAAUAAAAGUUUUAUGGAAGCAUUUAAACAUACUCCCAAUAAUGAAAAAGUAAAACUCUGUAUGCAAAAUGAAUUCAUCAGGAACUUUUUGGAAAAAUGGUUGGAUGAACCAAAGUUUAAUGACAGUCUAAAAAACUCGCCCAAAUCCAAAGAGACUCGGCUAGCGGCUAAUGAAGAGUUCAAAAUGAAUCGCCUGGAGUUGUGCUGUAAGCUAUACACUAAAGCGGCUCAGUUUGCACCGUAUAAUAGUAUAGAAUUAGCAUUAGCAUUUUCUAACCGUUCAGCUGUAUACCUGAGGUUAAACAAAUAUCAAGAGUGUUUAAAAGAUAUUGAAGCCAGUCUAAAUAUAUUGGAAAAUUCAGAAAUGAAUGAACAAGGCGUUCAUAAAGGACAGUUAAUUGUGAAAUUGUUAAAACGUAAAAUUGAAUGUUUAAUGGCUUUGAAACAAUUUAAAACUGCUAAAAUUAAUUGGAAAAAUAUAUUAGAACUAUCAAAGAAUGUUUAUAAAAUACCCUUAGAAGAUCAAUUUAUCAAAAAAUGCAAAGUUUUGUCUGAUUGUGAUAAAAAUAAUUCUAAUGACGUAGAUAUUAUUAAAAAUGCUGAUGAAACGCUUACGGAAGAUCUAAUAAAAAAAAAACUGGAUACAAAUAAAAUAACUCUUCCAUUUAGGUCUCCCAAAAUGGAGUUAUGUUAUUCCGAAGCUAAAGGAAGAUAUUUUGUUGCUUCAACAAAAAUAGAAUAUGGAGAACUUUUAAUAUUUGAAAAUCCAUUUGCAUUUGUGCUACUACCAGAAUAUUAUAAUUCAUUUUGUUACAACUGUUGUGUACCAUUAAAAUAUUAUUCUAUACCAUGUGAUAAUUGUUGCACUAUUUUGUUUUGUGGUGAUAAGUGUCUUCAAGAAGCAAGGAAUUCAUAUCAUCGUUGGGAAUGUAAACAAGGAACAUCAAUUUUCAAAUGUAUUGGCAUUGCCCAUCUUGCAUUACGUUUAACAAUAGAAACUUCUCAAGCAAACAGCAAUAAUGAUCAAAUUUAUAAUCUAUUAACACAUAUUGAUGAUUUAAAAUCAUUAGAAUUAUACCAAUACAGUCUGACUGCCACUCUUUUGCUUAUAUACUUGCAAAAGAAAACAGAUUUCUUUGAAAAACAUCCAAAUCUUGUUCUGGAUUCAGUGGGCAAUGAAUUACUACACCAUAUGACAAGACUAGUAUGUAAUGGAAAUGCCAUUUCCACUCAUAUGUUGUCAGAUUAUGACUCUGGAUCUCGUACUCCAAUUAUUGACGAAUCUCAACCACGUAUUGGAACAGCUAUUUUUCCUACUUCAAGUUUAUUAAAUCAUUCAUGCGACCCAAAUAUAUUUUCAAGUAAUAUACUGAAGUAUGUCGUCAUUAAAGCUUCACGAGAUAUAAGCGAAGGAGAAGAAAUUACUAAUUGUUAUGGGCCUAACUUUCUACGGAUGCGAGUAGUUGACAGACAGGCUUCAUUGAAAAAUCAAUAUCAUUUUGACUGUGAAUGUAAUACGUGCUUGGAUCCUCAAGCAGAUGAUUUAUUUUUUAAAACAUUUGAGGGACUUGUAUGUUUGCGAUGUCACAAUGGAAUUCCAGCAACUUUGUCAGAUUUAGAUGUUAAUGAAACUGUGUAUUGCGGUUUAUGCUAUGUACGAUUUAGAACAUUAGAUUACAAGAGAAAAUUACUUAAAGCUGACAAAACUUAUAAUAAAGGAAUGAAACAACUCGAGGCAAGUAAUGUUUUACACGCAAUACAUGUUAUUUCUAAGAGCUUAAGACUUUAUACUAUCAUUUUGAACCAAAAUAACUCAAAUAUUUCAAAAUGUGAAGAUAGUAUAGCAAAAUGUUAUGCUUUAGCUGGAAAUUUCGAGAAUUGUUGUAUAUAUUUGGAUAGAAGUUCUAAAGCAAUAGAAAAUCGUUUUGGUAAAAAUAGUUUAGAAGUUGCUUAUGAAUUGGAUAAAAUGACAGAUAUAAUGAUCAAAAACCCAGACAUGAGAAAUGAUCGGAAUUUAAUUCAUAAAGCAUUAAAACAUGUUCGGAGAUCAAUGGAAAUAUUUGAUGCCAAGUUGUCUGCAUGGGAUAUUCCGUAUAGUGGUAUAGAAAAUAUGAAACAUAAAGAAAAUAUAUUGUUACAAUUCUUGGAAGAUUAAUUGUUUUGUGAUUACAUUAUGAAGAAAACCUAUGUCAUUAUGUCAACCUCACUAUGCAUUGCUCUACUUCUUAAGGUUCUGAUGUUAUGCAAUGCCUAUUUGAAUAAAAACAAUCUGUGCAAAGUACAUAUUUUUUCACAGUAAAUCAAUAAACUAUUUACUUCUUAACAAGAAUCAAUUGAUAGGACAAGUAACCCAUUUGUAUAAAAUGUUUAAAAUAAGUCUCGGUUCCAGUUUUUUAUAAUAUUAUUUCUGCGGGAAGGUUUGUCAGGAAUAAAGAAAAAAAGACAUUCGCAUCAUCACAUGUCCCAUAUAUGAUGAUUAAUUGUUUAUUGCAAUAAUUGACGAUAUCAAUUUUCCAAGCAUCAGUUUAAUGUAAAAGUUAUUUGUUGUACCUUUAGCAUAUAAUUUAUUUUAUUUAUUUAUUUAUCGUUAACAUUGUUCUAUAUAAAAUAAUACUUUUUUUUCUUUUAAGAAUAUUUUUUGUAAUCUUAAAUUUAAGUUUUUUGUUUGAUUUGUAGUAUUGAAUUUUAACAUUCAUUUAUUGAUUUAUAUUUAUAUUUGGUUCUUAUUAAUUAUCAUAUUUAGUAGUAAUGAGUAAUCGUAGCGCCCCAACUCCAACACAAGUCUGCAUAAGCUUACUGCCAGAGGUACCUAGGUUAAUCAUUCUGUAACUAAUUGUUAAUUUUAAUCUGUAAUAUAUAUUUUUUAUUUUGAUUUCAAAUGAUAAAAUACAAUAACAAUUAAUUAUUUAAUAACUUUUAAGCGUCUUCUAGAGCUCAGGACCCCAUGAAUCAUGCACAGAAUUGUUAGUAGUGAUGCAUAGUAUAAGAAAUUCUUUAUACCACAGACCAUUUUAUUUACUUAAACUAUGUACAAAGUUACAAACUGCAUAGACUGUAAGCCAUAACUAUGCAACAUGGAGUCAUGGUACUAAAUAGCGAUGUAUUGACAAAAGAGUAGCGUUAUAAAUCAAUUUUUGAUAUCAUGGUUCUGUAAAGUAUAUUUCAAGAGCUGCCGAUAUUAAGUUAACGAGCAACAAAAUGGCGAAAAAUUGUUUUUUUUUAGUACCAAGACACAAUGAAGACUAUAGUAAGUUAUAUGAGAUAGUUAUUGGCUUAGAUUGUGUAGAAAAUAUCAUUGUUGAAAUAUAAUGACCAUAGAAUUUUAUCAAGAUUAAUAAAAAAAUUGAAUGUGUAAAUAAGACACUGCAUUUGUAUUUUUUGUGAGACAGCCAUACAAAUUUCCUGGCUACGCCACUGCGUAUCGUAAAUUAUUCAAUAUAUUUGCCCAGUUAUUAGUUUGAGUUUGACAUACCAGCUGUUGCCAAUGAUGUAAUCUGUAAAUGUAUUAAAUACUUGUAGAAAUAAUUUUAAGAAAAUCCUUAUUCCGGUUGGCUGCUUGAAUACUGGCAUGAAAAACUAUCCUGUAAA